UCAGCUCCUACGACAACCACAACAAAAGCACCUACAACAACUGUAGCCACUGCUGCUCCUACGACCACUGCAACUCCACAACCUACUACGACAACCAGUACUGCAGCUACUACAACAACUUUAGCAUCUACGACAACC